AUGUCAUUUUUUUCUGGUCAUGCAUCAUAUUCAUUUUUUGUUGCAACAUUUUUAACUAUUUACUUACAUGUUCGGCUUUACAAAUUUAUAAAUUUAAAAUUUUUUGUUUAUUUAAUACAAUUUAUUAUAAUGUCAUAUGCUUCAGUGAUUUCUUAUUCUCGGAUAACUGAACAUUGGCAUCAUUGGUCUGAUGUUUUAACAGGAAUGAUUGUUGGAUCAACAUUUGCCUACAUUAUUAUUAAUAAAGUAGCUGAGAUAUCAAAACAUGAUUUAAAAGAAGAAAAUGAAAAACUUCAAAAAAUUAAUACACAAUCAAUUAAUAAAAUUAAAAUUAUUUAG